AUGAAGGUCGCCAUAGUGUCAAGCCUGUGUCUUUGCCUGAUGUGGCUGUCCCUUGCAGAGGCUAGACCUGAGCCUCCCAGUUCCAUGUAUGGAGUCCCCAGCAUGGGCUACGGCAGAGGACCGGCUGGGUUCGGAGGACACUCGGGAGGUGGCGCAGACCCUUUCGCUGAGGAAGCCAACUACAACUUCAUGUACGAGGUGCAGGACGCCGCCUCUGGCAAUGACUUUGGCCACAUGGAGCAGCGGCAAGGGGAGGUGGCCAGGGGCUCGUACCAUGUGCUGCUGCCUGACGGUCGCAUGCAGAAGGUUGACUACGUAGCCGACCAGAACGGCUACAGACCUAUGGUCUCGUACACAGGGGAGGCCAAGUUCGGUCCCUCUGGGGGCAACAGGCCAAGCGGAGGUGGCGGAGGCUACUUUUACAGAAGAUAACCCCAGUAGCAGCUAGAUCUCAA